AUGUAUAUAAUUUACCUAUGCAAGUACACUAAGCCAUAUUUAUCCGGGAUUUUUAUUAAAAAAUGUUACAAUGUACAUUUUACAGCAUACUUUCCACAUAAAAUGCAAAUUAGAGACUAUUCCACUAACCAUUUCGGGGAUAUAGACACUUUUUAUUCUAAUCUCACCUCCAAAAACCUCAAUUACUAUGAGAUUCUAAACAUAUCACCUAAGUCUACCAGUGAUGAUAUCAAAAAGGCGUUUAUAACGUUGGCUAAACAAUACCACCCAGAUAUUUGCAAUGAUAAACGUUCCAAAUUUAUUUUUAUGAAAAUCAAGCAGGCCCAUGAUGGACUGCAGGAUACAAAUUAUCGCAAAAAAUAUGAUAAAACCCUACAUAAAUCAUGCUUUGUUUCUGAUGUAAUACUAACUGAUUUACUAGACAUACAAUUUGAAUCACUUGAAUCUGAACUUGAAAGGUUGAACAGAUAUAAAAGAUAUAUUGAUAAUGAGAGACUAGACGUUAUUAAUGAUAAAUUUUUUUUCCUAAAAAUUAUUCUAGGAACCGCGGCAACACUGGCAUUUAUAGUGUAUGUGUGCUUAAAUCUACCAAAACUAGUAGAAUUCGAGGCAAUAAAGAGCGGAAAAAGCGAUGUUGUCAGUGGAAGUGAUUUCGCCGAGGAAGAAAUAGUUACGGCCUUCUACAACCCUAUUACUAGGCGUUGGGAACGAAUCAUCCACCCGUUUCAAGCACCCACACCUGCACAACUAAUUGAAUAUUAUUCACAACAUCGCCCACGGGAUUCUUUGAAGUUGGACAAAAUUCAAAUGCCACAGCAUAAACUACCCAUUUUGAAGACGACGUAUCAGGCCACUAGCCAUCCAACUGUAUUGUAUGAUCCGUAUAGGCAAAAACUAGUGGGUAUUGAUAAGCAAUUGUAG